GCUGACUAAUCAGAUCUUUUGAUUGGUUAUAUAUGCUUAGCGAAACUCGUCUAGUGCUAAGCGAUUUUUUUUCGAGAAGUCGGGAAAAAGUUAUACUGGAUAGGCUGAGCGAUCAAACAUGAAUUUAGUUCAAUGGACACUGCGCAUGCUUCGUUAAAGUGGUUCAAUGGCGCGACUUUCGUGUCUGCUUGCGUUUUAUCAACUCAUCAAGCAAAAUUAUAGUUUUUUUUCGAGAUGUAAGAUUGUAAUUGUUCGAGACCAGACAUUAUAUAUGGGAGGUACGUAUGUAAUUUUGCGAGACAUGAUAUUAUAUAUGGGAGAGCUUGAAAUUACCACCACCAUAACGAGGAGGUGGGUGCGAGUGCCCACCUCGACAUCAACAGCACACCAUGUAAAUAGUAAAGUCAAGUGAUGGCCUUUUUGCUACUUUCAAGUGCAACGACUACUUCGCCAGCCAAAUAUCAAGGAUAAAUAAAUUACAACACCAAAUAGUAUCCCAAGUAGAG